UCCAAAACGUGCUUAAUUUGAUUUGCAAAAUAACGUUAGAAGAAGAAGAACACAUUAAUUAAUUUGUUCUUCUUCUUCCUCCUCCUUUAAUUCAUAUUCUUGCAUUCAAAUUUCUGUCUUUCUUCAGAAACAGACUAGUGAUUCUAUCAUAAAACCUGGAGCUAUGUUGUGCUGUGGAGGUGCAGACGAGGAUUUGACCACUUUAGCUGCAAAUCAUUACAGUUCAGCAGCUAUAGGGGCUAACGCGUAUGGUGGUGGUCGUGGUGGCGGAGGAGGCGGCGAUAGAGGAGAGCCAAGGAGCAAUAUUAUCAAGAGUGGUGGUCCGCAGAAAGCAUUAGAAAUUGAGACACCCGAAAUUAAGUUGAGCGAGUUAAAGCGGUUAACAGAUAACUUUGGUACAAAAGCACUUAUUGGAGAAGGUUCCAAUGGGAGGGUUUUCCACGCAAAGUUGAGUACUGGGGAGGAGGCUGCAAUUAAGAAGCUGGAUACCGGUUCUUCACCGGAUCCUGACUCCGAUUCCGAUUUUGAAGCACAGUUAGCAAUUGUUUCAAGACUGAAGAAUGAACACUUUGUGGGGUUGAUGGGAUAUUCUCUUGAGGCAAAUAACAGAAUUUUGGUUUACCAAUAUGCAAGUCUUGGUUCGUUGCACGACACAUUGCACGGAAGAAAAGGAGUUCAGGGGGCUGAACCUGGUAUAAUUUUGAGUUGGAACCAAAGAGUAAAAGUUGCAUUUGGUGCAGCAAAAGGACUUGAGUUUCUUCAUGAGAAAGUUCAACCUUCAAUAGUUCAUAGAGAUGUUAGAUCCACCAAUGUUUUGCUGUUCAAUGAUUAUGAGGCUAAGAUUGCAGAUUUCAACUUGACAAAUCAGUCUUCUGACUCGGCAGCUCGACUACAUUCAACAAGAGUCUUGGGAACAUUUGGCUAUCAUGCUCCAGAGUAUGCUAUGACAGGGCAAAUAAACCAAAAAAGUGAUGUUUAUAGUUUUGGAGUUGUCCUUUUAGAACUCUUGACAGGAAGAAAGCCAGUGGACCAUACAAUGCCUAAAGGGCAACAAAGUCUUGUAACUUGGGCAACUCCAAGACUAAGUGAAGACAAAGUGAAGCAAUGUGUGGAUCCUAAACUAAACAAUGACUAUCCCCCAAAAGCGAUUGCUAAGUUGGCAGCAGUUGCAGCACUUUGUGUUCAGUAUGAAGCUGAUUUUAGGCCAAACAUGACAAUUGUUGUCAAAGCUCUCCAGCCACUUCUCAAUUCGAAACCGGCUGGACCUGACUCUCGUGCUUGACAUUCUGACCAUACCCUAUUUGAGAAUGAAGGGUUAAUCAAGUUUUAGGGCGAUUAAUUAGUAACACAGUGAAGUUGUUCUUAAUUUUUUUGUUCUAGAGAUUGUACUAAGCCAAGUUGAUUCAGGCUUCUUGAUAUCCUGUGUAAUCGGAAAAAUAUUGUGUGUAUAAUGGAUGAACUAGCUAGACCA